AUGUUCAGUAACGCCCGACGGCCCCCCUGCCACGAUGCGGCGGACCUGUGCUGGGAAGGCGUCGAUGCGGCGUUUUCGCCCACGCCGAACCCAGCUCCAGCUGGCGACGAUCUCCUCUGGACGCAGCGUGUCCCGCAAGCCGGCCCCGGGGGCGGUGUCGGCCACGGGAGCGAGCCCAAGAGCGGUCCUGCUCCCAAGGACCUCGCGCUGGGCUUGAAGCAGCUGCGCAACCUGAUCGACAUGUACAUCGCACUCUGCGAGGGCGAACUCGACAAGGACCGGCAGAUCGAUGAGCUCCGGCGCGAAAACAAGCGCCUCCAGGCGGAGCUGGAGCAAGCGGGGCAGCCACGGCGCAAGCGGCAGAGGACCGCGGAGGAGGGUGCGGUCCAGGCGCGGGCGCGCUCCACGCAGACCCCGAUCGAUCCGCGCGCCGCGGGCAGCCGCGGCCCUGCGUCGCUCGUCGCGAGCGAGGACCGACAGGGCGGGAACAGGCACGACGUGGGGGCCGGACGGGGCGGCGACGGAGACGGAGGAGGCGAGGGCGCGCCCGCUGACGCCGACGCGUGGGCGGGAGACGGCGAGCCCGAAGCGGGGGGGUCCGGAGCGGCGCCGGAGGGGCCCCUGCGCCUGACGCGCAUCUUGCCCGCGCUGGUGGAGGGGGCGUCUGCUCCGGGCGGCAGCGACGCUGCGGAAGAGACGGAGGAAGACGCGGCUGAGAUGGAGGGGGAGGGAGGCUACGGCGACGCGGCGGCCUCCGAUUUCGGUGACUCUGGGGAUGCCGCUGGCAGCGGCGCUGGGGUGUUCACGCCCUCUCAGGCGCUCGCUGGCAGCGACGGGGUGCAGGGGAGCGACCUGGCUGCGGACGACGGCGGCGUGGUGCCGGGGAGCCCGACGUCGAUGUUCAUGCCUACCGCUGCAGUGGGCGCAGCGCUGGUCCAGGGCACGCCCGGUGCCGGCAGCGAGGGCUCGGAGGCGGUCGCGGACGGCGGCGGCGGAUCCUCGGGGGCGCCCGGUGCAGGCAGCGAGAGCCCGUGGGGAUCGGCAACGGCGAUCGACGACGAGGACCUUGUCCCUGACGGCGACAGUGAGGGUGCCGCUGUCGCGCCGGAGCCGCUUGCUGGCGCCGCGGCGCAGCAUGGCACGCUGCACAACUUCAACAUGGAUCUGGAGAGGCAGCGGGAGGCGCUAUCGGCCGCGUUCCUGGGGAUCGACGCGUGCAGCGAAAACCACGCUGCUUGCAUCAUCGACCGGGUUGUUCUCGGGCUCGUCGUGAGCGCCUUCCGCCGCUCUCCGGGCCGUCAGGAGCACCCCGGGAUCGUGGCGGCGGCGCUCAGGCCCGUCAACGCCGGCGCGCUACUGUUCUGGGACCCUGACACCGCAGACUACGUUCACAAGGGCCGCGGGCGCACCGCGCGGCCGUGCGCGCAGCCGUGCCUGCGCUGCAUCGCCGCCAGCGACUGCUGCGUGCGCAAGAUCGAGUGUCACCACCCGCCGGACCGCGAGACGGAGCUGUGGCGGCUGGGGCACUUGCUGACCGACGCCGACGUGGUCUGGGAGCUGGACGACGUCGAGAUCGCGCCGAGCGAGGCGGGAACGAAGGACCUGGCCUGGGACAUCAUCGUCAAGGCGGUGCGCGACAGCAGCAAGCCGCACGUCACGGGGAAGGACGUGGCGGAGGUCGCGGAGUGUGCGUUGGGGUUCGUCAAGGAGGUGUUCGGGACGGAAGCGUACGAGGCGUGGUAUCAGAAGCGGCACGGCGAGUACGCCGACGCGGCGCUCGCUGUGCAGCUAGCUCGGUCGCGAGGAUGA